UUUUUCCCAGCUUUUUAAUCGACCACAGAAAACAGGAUGGAAUCGGUCAUCGGUGUCUCGAUGUUUGAUUUUUGAACGCAUGCGCACAGCAGGUUCUUUCUUUCUGCUAGCUUCUCCGCCAUGGCGCCUAUUCAGAAGAAGCAGAACACCGGCAAAGGUGGCAAGAAGAAGAAGCAGGUCCUGAAGUUCACUCUGGACUGCACCCAUCCUGUUGAAGAUGGCAUCAUGGACGCUGCUAACUUUGAGCAGUUCCUCCAGGAGCGCAUCAAGGUGAACGGGAAAGCCGGCAACCUAGGCGGGGGUGUGGUGUCCAUUGAGAGGAGCAAAAGCAAGAUUACGGUUUCCUCUGAGGUUCCUUUCUCUAAAAGAUACCUGAAGUACCUGACCAAGAAGUACCUGAAGAAGAACAAUCUUCGUGACUGGCUGCGUGUUGUGGCCAACACCAAGGAGAGCUACGAGCUCCGCUACUUCCAGAUCAAUCAGGAUGAAGAGGAGGAGGAAGAUGAAGAUUAAAUUGGCUGAUCUUGUAGAUUUAAAUAAAUUUUGUUUACAUUACAAAAA